UCUUCAGUUGGACAUUGGCCUCCGUAAGACGAAGAGUCGUGAAAAAGAGCCGUAGGGUGCGACAGAAGAGGACGAGCACGGGCUUCCUCCUCGGAUUUCUUCUCAACGAUCCACAGAAUACCCGGAAGGAUGUUACUGUCGACGAUUUUUGAGUUGCUGCUAAUCCUCUUGUUGGUAGCCUUCGCAGCGUACGGCAGAGUGAUCGAUCGCGAUGAGGUGAUACCUCGUGCGGUACGCGCCGCGGAUAAUUCAAAGCAGAGCGACAUAAGCCUGUCGACGAUGUCGCUGAAGCAGGCGGCCGACAGUGUGAAUCGGUAUUGUACCUGCAACGAGAAUAUUUGCAACUGCUGCCGGGACUUUCACAUACCGGUUGUGCAGCUGAAAGGACCGGGUUGCGCCUCGUUGCAGUAUCUACAGGGUGACAAUUUGGCGAUGCAGCUGAGCUUCGGCGACAACAUAUUAACGAGCACGAUGGUUAACGGAAAAAGUCCACGACCAGUGUGCGUACCAUUACCGGGCGGUUUUACCAAAUUUUGCGGUAGAAUCUACUCCAUCCAACGUGACGCAAAGAAUCACUUCAAAGCUUGCCUCGGUCUGGAACUGCAGUCGGCUACUGAACUGGAAGCUAGCCUUCGCGUCAGUUGCUUCAGAUUCGGCCCGGACGGCCUGAAACUUCGACCGGCCGAACCGCUUCCCGUUGUCGAGGCGGAGUCCUCCACGGAGGAAGAUGACGAAGACGAUUUCUUCGGUCUCGGUUCGGACGACGACGAAGACGAGGACGACGAGGAUGAUGAGUACGACAGACCUUCUUUGAACUCCGUUCCGGAUGCCUCGGGAGUCGACGACGCCCAAGAGGCAGAUGAUGAGGACGAUGACGAUGAUCUGUUGGGCAUUGGCGCUCUGUUAGAUAUCUUCACCGGUGACGACGAUGCCACGACGAAGAGACCCAAGGCUACCACUGUGGCGCCGUUAUUGCAAUUCACUAUACCGAUUCUAACGAGGCCAACGACUCCCGCACCGUUGGAGGAUUACGAGCUGUCUACGAGCGGCAACAAUGUGUCGGUGGAAUCGAGUAACGACGAAAACAGCACUCAGGAAGACAGCAAGCCUGACGAAGAAGAGGAGACAGAGUCUCUUGAUAACGAAAACGCCACGGAUGAAAACCAAGAGGAUGAAGUCACUGAAGCCUCCAACAAAAUCGUAUUCUUCGUGAAACCCGACAAAGUAGAACAAUCUCUUAACAAGGUGAAGAAGGGCGUCGUCGGAAACAAGAAGAAACCCACGGUGACGUCAACGAGCAUCAACGCUAUCGAUGAGCCUGAGAAACCAGCGAAGAAACCCAUCAAGAACGAGGAGCACGAAGACGAUGACGACGACGACGACGAUGACGAGGAUGACAUUUUGGACGACGAGGAUGACGAGGACGAUGAAAUUCUCGACGAUGAGUAUGAUAAAGAUGACGAAGAUGAAGACGAAGACGACGAAGAUAAGCUGGACGAUGAGAAGCACGAGGAUCUCGACGACGAUGAGGACGAGAAAGCAGAGGAUCUCUCGAUUCUUGACGACGAUGAUGAUGAAGAGGAGGACGCCAUGCUGACUGCUAUUAUGGGCACCGGAAAAAACAAAAAGGGCAAAGGUGACACGACGAGCGAGACUAACACCGACGAGGAUGACUCGGACUACGGUCUUGGGCUGGAUUUCCUGGCCAGGAAGAGGCAUCCCGAAGGAAACCGACAGAGCAAGAUCACGAGGCUUUGAGAAGUGUACAGACCCGUGUCCCAGUCAAUAGGAUAAAUGGAAGUCGAGGAAAUCGAGAAUAGCCGUCUUCUUGUCUGGUCGCGGAUCUAUUUGUCCCGGUGAGACCUGAAGAGUCUCGUAGGCUCAACGGAGUGCUCGUUUGAAAAGUACGGUGGACAUUGAUAUAAUCGUGUGACGGUGUGAUGUAUCUUUUGGAUGAUAAAAUUACGGGAGAGUCUUUUGCCUCUCGGUAAUUUCGUGAUGAAUAGUCAUGAUACCUUAAUUAUUUGUAAAUGAACACUUAUCAUUUUACAAUGAUUAUCGAUUUAUUUAUUUAUUUAUAACGAUUGUCGACUUAUCGUUAAAAAGUAAGCAAUUUUUUGUUUUACAAUUAUGUUAUCAUUCUGUAAGUGUUUAAUUGUCUAUUUAUUAAAUAUUAUGGAGACUGACACAGGAUUUAGCAGAGACGAAGAAACGGCUUUUGGUGAGAAAAGGAAAUAGCUCUCAAAAACAGGAUCACGCGACGGCAAGAUUUUUAUGUAAACACGAGGAUUCGUCCGUUGAGGAUUGCUAUUCGCGAGGAAGAUUUGUGCAUGAAUCGUUCGUGACCUCAGCCAUAAUAAAUUGUUCGAUUAGCUUAACGUUAUUUAUUAAGAGCAAAUUAAUAUUUAUGAU